ACCUUUGAGCUCCGGACCGACGCAGACCAGAGCCAUGUCCUCUGGUAAGAACAAGAGCCAGACGUCUCUGGUCCUCCAUAAGGUGAUCAUGGUGGGCAGCGGCGGUGUGGGGAAGUCGGCGCUCACGCUGCAGUUCAUGUACGACGAGUUCGUGGAGGACUACGAGCCCACAAAGGCUGACAGCUACAGGAAGAAGGUGGUUCUGGAUGGGGAGGACGUCCAGAUCGACAUCUUGGACACGGCGGGUCAGGAGGACUACGCCGCCAUCAGGGACAACUACUUCCGCAGUGGAGAGGGCUUCCUGCUGGUCUUCUCCAUCACGGAGCUCGAGUCCUUCACGGCUACGUCCGAAUUCAGGGAGCAGAUCCUGCGUGUGAAGGAGGAGGAGGGCAUCCCGCUCCUCCUGGUGGGGAACAAAUCAGACCUGGAGGACCGCAGGAAAGUUUCUGUGGACGAGGCGGCGACCAAGGCCGGCGAGUGGGGUGUUCAGUACGUGGAGACUUCGGCUAAGACCCGGGCCAACGUGGACAAGGUGUUCUUCGACCUGAUGAGGGAGGUGCGGAAGAAGAAGAUGUCCGAGAGCAAAGAUAAAAACGGUGCGAGUGGGAAGAAGAAGAAGAAGCCGUGCUGCGUGCUCUGAACCUCUGAGGUUCUUCACAACGUUUUCUUCUUCAUGGCUUCCUGACGUCACGGUGUCUGAACCACCUGCAGCACCUUGUUCACAACCAAAGCUCACGAGUGAGAAAGAGAACGACUGUCAGCCGGCGCUGCAGGGAACACUUCUGUUCCCUGAUCCAACAGGAAGUUCACUGAACCCACACUAAAGUGGGCUUUUACUCUGAAAGGAGUUCCAC